ACUACAUUAAUUAUCAGAGUAUCACUGUAUCACCGUUGGAAUUGGGUUUGGGAUGCAUUUCACUUUCACUAGCAGAUAACAAAGCACAGUCUUGCCGGAGUCGCACUGAACCCAACUUACAGCCGUAAAAGCAAAAUCUGGUCGGGAACUCAGCCGGAGUUGGUCGCCGUCCUCCCUUAACAGGGAGAAAACCCGUACAGUUUUGCAGCAUUGCCACAACCACAACUUAAAACCAUGCGUCAAUGUUUCUGAGUAUCAUAAGCAAAAGCAUAAAGAGAAAAGGUUUUUCAUUUUGAAACAAAUUGAUGAUGUGUGUAUAAACCUUUGCAGGUUUGAAUUGGUUAUGAUCCACUAGCAAAUAUUUGAAUCUCAAAUGACGAUUCUUUCUCUGUUGCCAACAAACUAUUCAGGUUUCCUUCAUCAAGAUACUCCUUUUCUGCAGUCAAAGUUUCCGGCAAGAAUUGGUUAUUAUCACAGAGAUGAUUCUGUUACUCCACAAAUGAUUUGUAAAGCCAACAUAAAACAAAAAUAUUCAAACAAUAUCAGCACCAAGAUUGUGAUGUCUGCUUCAAGUAAUGACCAGCAGUAUAUAAGCUAUGAUGAUUCGCCCGAGGAGCCCAUUUUGCUAACAUUGAUCAAAGAAUCCUUAUGGGGUUUAAAAUCCUUAUUUGUGUUUUUAAUUGAGCAACCUAGCCAGCUGAAAUACAUCGAGUGGCCAAGCUUUAGUAAUACGCUGAGGACCGCGACACUGACUCUUGUUAUUGUGGCAUUUCUUCUUGUUGCAUUAUCAUCUGUUGAUUCAGCUCUCAGCUACCUUUUGAAUUUAGCUCUUCGAAAGAGCACAUAGCAGUGCAGUAUUGUUCAUGUCACCACAUUACUAUGUAAGCAGUUUACUUAUGAUGCUUGUAAUCUGUUUAGGUCCAUCCUUGUUAGCAUUUAAUUAUUGACUCCUAUUGUGAACUUAAAAUGAUUAAACUAUUCUAGUAAUAAGUUGGAGUCAUUAGCUCUUCUUAGAUGUUCAA